AUGGAAAAUCUCGUUUUUUUUCAACGGAAAUCAGUCGGCCCUCAAGUUGAAGUUGUAGAGGAAAAGUCUGAAGCUGCUGAACGAGUGAACAUCAAUGGUCACCUGGUACCCGAACGCGCAAGAGAGGAAGGGGACUGGAAGAUUUAUUGGGAUAACAAAGAGGAAGGAAUUCACUCAGUUUUGGAUUAUCUAUCGGACCUAUAUGGGACUAAGAAAACUAUCAAAGUUUCAUUGAACCGCAAUGAGGUCUGGCUGUUGAAUUUAAUUGAAAAGAGACAAGGAAACGAUUAUGAACUGGAACUACAUUCGGGAUUGACUGAAGAGGAUUGUCACUUUAUACUGAAGAAUUAUCAUCCGAAAGGAAUGAGGAUUUCGUCGUUGAACCCGGGAACCUUUCCAAUUUCACAAUACUUGGAAUCACUUGAAUUCUUAUUUAGUCACUGGAUGUUAUCUAUUACUCUCGAUGAUCUACUUAACAUGAACUGUGUGGAGCUAGUCUUACCACAUAAUAAGUUCACAGAGUCAGAAAUCAAACGAAUUCUUCAACACUGGGCUAUCGGAGGGUUCCAACGACUCAAAUACUUCCAAUUAUAUGUAAGAGAUUUCAAUAUGGAAGAAGUACUCGGAGAGCUUACUAGGGAAUGGCUCAUACAAUGUUUGGAGAUACACAACAUGAUGUAUAUCGUUGGAAAGCUGACGUUUCCCUGA